AUGCAUCUCGUCGAGACUCUUAUAUAUGCAUCAGAAAAAGCAGCACGCAUUGCCCGGUCUUGUUGUAGAGGCCGUGGUGAAUCCUUGUUAGUGUCAGAAAAAGAAAGUGACGCCAAUCCCCGAUUUGACAAAGAUUUCAAGACUAUAGCUGAUGUUUUGGCCCAGGAAUCUGCAAAAGCAUUCAUAGUGUCGCGGAUACCAGAACUGGCUAACAAUGUUAGAGGUGAAGAAUGUGCUGAGAUCGGUGGUAUAACUAUAUCCUUAAAGGAAACAGAAGACGAAACGGUUGCCUUGCUUAAAUUAAUUUUACCAGAGGAGACUGCAAGAUAUAUGGCAGAAGCAGCUCAUGGUGAUGUAACAGAUAUUCAAAUAGAGAGCCUUCAAGAACUCCUAAACUUGGAUUAUUCAGAUUUAGGAGUUUGGAUAGAUCCUAUUGAUGGUACAGCUGAGUUUAUUUCUGGUAUUCAUGGCAAUGCUGAAUCAGGUCACGGACUUCCAUGUGUAACAGUUCUUAUUGGUGCUUACUUAAAGUCUACCGGAGAACCAAUUGCUGGAGUAAUCAAUCAACCAUUUUUCAAUGGAUCUAAAGUAAAAAUAGUGUGGGGUGUGAACUACGGUGACCAAAAGUAUUACUCUUCAAAUAUUGGAAAUGACCAGGGAAAAAAAGUAAUUUUAAUGAGCAGCUCUGAAAAUCCUGCUGUGAUCAAUGAGUUUAGGAAUCUGGGUUGGGAAAUAGAUUCUGUACCUGGAGCGGGCCAUAAACUGUUAAAAGUAGCAUCAGGAGAAGCAUCAGCUUAUAUUGUUUCUAAAGGAACAACAUUCAAGUGGGAUACAUGUGGACCUCACAGCAUUAUAUGUGCCUUAGGUGGAAAUAUUUUAAGCUAUAAAGGGUUAUCUCCCCUUCAAUACAACGAUCCAAAUGAUUUAGAUACGCAAGAGUAUUGCAAUAAAGAUGGAAUUGUAGCAUUUACUAAUAAUGAUAUUUUGAAGGAAAUAAAGGAAAUUGUUUGCAAAUUAAAUGCUUGA